ACCGGAAACUCGCCUCCCUCCCCGAGGAUGCUAACCCAGUUAGCUGUGUUUUCUACGGUGUUUGGCUGGUCACGAACUGGUAAUGUAACGUCAGCCGAGAAAGCGGCAGCCAUUUCAUUCUCCGAGGGACAGGACGCACAUUGAAGCCUUAAAACGUGACGUGGAAGCUCCACAAUGGUGAAAAUAUUCAUCGGGAAUCUGUCACCAGACACAACAUCAGAUGAACUUCGCUCUCUCUUCUCCCAGUAUGGCAAGAUUGGAGAAUGCAGUAUUGUCAAGAACUUUGGCUUUGUGCACAUGGAUGACAAAGCAGAGGCAGAAGAAGCCAUCAGCAACCUCCACCAUUAUGAGCUGAACGGCCAGCCUAUGAAUGUAGAAUUGAGUCGUGGCAAGUCAAGAGGAUCCACUAAACUACAUGUUGGCAACAUUGCCUGUACCAACCAGGAGCUGAGGGCCAAGUUUGAAGAGUUUGGUUCUGUGCUGGAGUGUGACAUAGUAAAGAACUAUGCUUUUGUUCACAUGGAACGAAUGGAGGAUGCGAUGGAGGCCAUUAAUCAGUUAGACAACACGGCUUUUAAAGGCAAACUGAUGAGCGUGAAGCUUUCGACUAGCCGCCUGCGCACUGCGCCGGGAAUGGGAGACAGAUCGGGUUGUUAUCGUUGCGGGCAGGAAGGCCACUGGUCCAAAGAAUGCCCUCUAGACCAAAAUGGCUACCACAGAAACGGCUCAGAGCCUAAGUCUGAUGGAUACGAUGCCUCGAGAUUCGGCGGGCGUGCUCGCAACAGGGGUUAUCCGGACUUCAGUGGCGAUCCGGAGUAUGGUGGCGGCUACGCUCCUGUACAUGGUUUUUCCCGGGGUUCUGGUCACAGCGGCAGCAUGGCAGGGUACAGAAGGGGUUCAGGCUACGAGGGUGCAAUGAGAUAUGGGCCACACCCAGGUUACGGCAUAAGCGCUGUUGCUGAACAUAGCAUGGCUCGGAUGUAUGGCAGCGAGGCGGCAUACAGGAGCAACGGCUCACUCUAUGGCGCGGUACCAGGCUACCCGAUGCGACGGUCGCCUUAUGAGGAAAGGGAUCCGUACGGGGUCGUGGACUACUACGAGAAGUACAGGGCCAAUUACGGAGGCAGUUAUUUUGAGGAACGUCGCGCUGUCCCCAUGCCUGCUCCAUCAACAUCCUCCUCCACAGCUUUAAUGAGGGAGCAUCUGCCUCCCUCUAGCCUCGACCCCUACGAGUGCCCUCCCCUCCCUCCUCCACCAGCCCCAGUCUCCUCAUACUACGCACGUGACCGGAGUCCGAUUCGGAGAGUCCCUGUCGAGGCAGAUGGAUACGCAUAUGAGCGUUCGCGCCUUUCCCCGGUGCCCGCCCACCCAAGAAGUUCUACCUACAACCAUCCGCGGGAUCCCGGCGCUGAUAGGCCACGGUAUACAUACUAAUCUUGUCCUUUACAGCCAGGUGAGAGCUGUCUGACAUUUAGUGGAUAGGAUAGCCUAAGUGCCAUUGGAAUCACUGAAAAUGAAACAUUCUAUCUCAUUGGUAAUAUCAGGGGGAAAGUCUGCCCUCUGUGUAUGUGAGGCGUUUGAGUAGUAAGAGUAAGGUUACAGUAAAACUAACCAGUCAUGAUAGCAAAUGACUAGAUUUCAUUGUGAAUGGUUGAAUGCCCUCAUAUGCUAUGAUCUCAUUCCAGGUUAUACUUUAAAAUGCAGUACAGUUAAUGCUCAGUUGACCGCUUUUCAUUGUCCUUUUAACAUGUUGUGGUAUUGCUGCACUUCUGAGAUGGCUUAGCCCAAAUACAGAUACUCGGUAUAGCUAUGAUUUGGUUGAUGUCUGUUCAUGACACUGUAAGAAUUUUUUUUCCCACCUGAAAGUAGCUAUAUGUUUAUACACUAUUUAGAUGAAGUUAAUAGAAAAAUUAGUGCAUGGUGCAUGUUUUAGAGGUGAGUCUUAGUCUCGUCAAUAAAAAUCUAAUUUUCUUUCAGCAUCUUAAGCAUUGUGAAUUUUAGUUUAUUUGUGUAAGUUCACGUUGUUAACACAAAUGUGAAGCAAUGGCAAAACAAAUUAAAAUAAUGUAUGCUUCAUCACUUACAUUGUUUAACCUGUGGGCUUAAAUGUCACACCUGUACCAUAUAAGGACCUGCACACUGUAAAAGGUGGUUAGACAUUAUACUUGGUUUAUAUCAGACUUUUUGUGAAAUUAAGUUGAAGUUUUUAUCAAGCUGCAUUGUGAUCAUGUUUUUUUAAUCACUAGGUACAUUACUUACAAUAUAUAGAUUUUCAUUGCUGUGAUGAAUUCUGUAUGAGGCUUUACAUCUUGCUUCACCAUAUAUUGGAGUGUCAUCAUAAAAUGGCCUCAAUUGUCUAUGCUGUCUGUCUUGAUUUCUAGUGACAUGGUUCAAAUUAAAAUCUGUCUGAAGUCUGAAAACUGUGA